AGGUGAAACUUUUACUAUCAGUGAUGCGUUUCAACGAGAAAGAGAUGGUGCAUUUGAGCCGACAACCUUCAGAAAUGGUCGCCGAGCUUGGGAUGCGAGGACCGAAGAAGGGAGACGUUGUGAAGAGGAGGCUAGUGAAACUCGUUGUCAACUUCCUCUUUUAUUUUAAGACUGACGAAGAAGAACCUGUUGGAGCUUUGCUGCUGGAGCAGUGUCGGGUGGAGAAGGAGGACAACCUGACCUUCUCCGUUGCGUUUCUCGAAGAUGCAGAGAGGAAAUAUCUUUUUGAGUGCGACUCUGAGGAGCAGUGUGAGAAAUGGAUAGACUCCAUCAUCAAGGCAAGCUAUGAAUUCAUGAGAAGGAACCUCAUCUUCUACAGAACUGAGAUCCACAGGCUUACUGGCAAAGAUCCAUUGGAGCAGUAUGGCAUAUCUGAUGAAGCUCGUUUUCAGGUCACUAAUGGCCUGCAACAUUCUUCCCGAGAUGCCUCCUCCAUGUAGACCAGCGUUGUGCCAAGAUUGAUUAGCAUUUUUCUUUGAGUUCUCCUUGCCACUCGGGUAGUACCACCACCUAGGACUGACAAACAGUGGCAUUACUGUAAGCACUCCAGAGUUUGUGCACACCUUGUUUUCACAUGACUUUUUUUUUUUUUCAUCGGUUGAUUACCAGCUUCAACAGUGUGUGACUCUUAAACCACUGGCUUGCUGUCACCUUUAGGUAUCAUGUCUGAUAGUGGGCUCUCGGUCCCAGUUUUUCUACUGUAAUUUUAAAUAAUGUGAUUUUUAGUGAGGUAUCAUUUGAUUUGCUACUGGGAGACUCAAUCAGGACAUUUGGAAACAUAUUAACAUUAGAUACAUUGCAAGAGGAAAAAAAUCCUAAUUAAGGCCAGAAUAAUAAUGGCAUUCGAACUGCUGAGUUGAGCCACACGUGUGUGGGGGUGGGAUGGGGAGAAUUUUUUUUUUUUUUCCUAAAAGUACAUGUUUAUUUUCUUGCUCGUCUAAACUACUUGGUUUGUCUAAAGACACACUUUUGCACACAGUACUUUAUUUGGUCUUGAGGGUUUAUUUUAUAACAGUUUAAAAAAUUUACUUGAAUUCACUUUGCAUUUUCUAUUGCACUUUCAUUCACAUUUCUUUGGUAAAGUUGGACCAUCCUAAGUUACAAGUCUUGACUUUCUCUUGUGUGUUGCUACAGCUCUGACCCACAUUACAUUGAACCGUUCGGUAGGUUGCCAUAUGGUAGGUAAAUGUGUUUAGUAUAUAUGCAUAUCUAUGUGAUAA